GUGGAGCAUGUUAGUAAACUGACAGCCUGGUUAGCUGUCACCAUCUCGCCUCGCCACAUCUAACGUUAGCUAACUAAACGUGUCAAUGCGAUGAACCGGGAGUUUAUCGACCAUGGCUAACCUACGGAUUUCGUUAGCCGUCGUGGUCGUUCAGGCUGUCCUGUACAGAAGCUCCGAGGCUCUUUGGUGCAACUGCACCACCGCCCCAUGUGAGAAGUUUGGCUCCCAGUGUGAGACUGACGGAGCCUGCAUGGCUUCCACCUCCCUCAUCGACGGCAAAGUGCAGCACAUCCGUAUCUGCAUCACACGGGACAAGCUUGUUCCCCCCGGACAGCCGUUCUACUGCCUCGGUGCGGAGGGCUUGCUCAACAUCCACUGCUGCUACACUGACUACUGCAACAGCAUUGACCUCAAAGUACCGUCAGUGACAACCCAGUCAGGACCAGAGGGGGGCUACGGCCCAGGUGGGACAUGGGGGCUGGUGGAACUGGUUGCUGUGAUUGCAGGGCCACUGUUCCUGCUGUGCUUGCUGCUGUUGGUGGGCGUGUUCCUGUACCAGUACCACCAGAGGGCCUACAACCACAGGCAGAGGCUGGAGGUGGAGGACCCAUCCUGUGACCACCUCUACCUGGCCAAAGACAGGACCCUGCAAGACCUCAUUUACGACCUGUCCACAUCUGGUUCAGGCUCAGGUCUGCCUCUGUUUGUCCAGCGGACCGUUGCCAGAACUAUUGUCCUGCAGGAGAUCAUUGGUAAGGGGCGUUUUGGAGAGGUGUGGCGAGGACGUUGGAGGGGCGGCGAUGUGGCGGUGAAGAUCUUCUCAUCCAGAGAAGAGCGCUCCUGGUUCCGUGAAGCUGAGAUUUAUCAGACCAUCAUGCUCCGCCAUGAGAACAUCCUGGGCUUUAUAGCUGCUGACAACAAAGAUAAUGGCACAUGGACGCAGCUGUGGUUGGUGUCUGACUACCAUGAGCAUGGCUCUCUGUUUGACUACCUGAACCGCUACUCUGUCACUACUGAAGGAAUGAUCAAACUGGCACUAUCAACUGCCAGUGGCCUUGCACAUCUUCACAUGGAGAUACUUGGAACACAAGGAAAGCCAGGCAUCGCCCACAGAGACCUGAAGUCCAAGAACAUCCUCGUGAAGAAGAACUGCACCUGUGCCAUCGCUGACCUGGGUCUGGCUGUGCGUCAUGACUCUGCCACUGACACAAUCGACAUUGCGCCCAAUCAAAGGGUGGGCACCAAGAGGUACAUGGCUCCAGAGGUUCUGGAUGAGACUAUCAACAUGAGACACUUUGACUCAUUCAAAUGUGCUGAUAUCUACGCGUUGGGGCUGGUCUACUGGGAGAUUGCACGGCGCUGUAACAGUGGAGGUAUCCAUGAAGAGUACCAGCUGCCCUACUAUGACCUGGUACCCUCUGAUCCUUCCAUAGAGGAGAUGAGGAAGGUGGUGUGUGACCAAAAGCUACGACCCAACAUCCCAAACUGGUGGCAGAGCUACGAGGCCUUGCGGGUCAUGGGUAAAAUCAUGAGGGAGUGUUGGUAUGCUAAUGGAGCUGCCCGCUUGACAGCCCUGCGAAUCAAAAAGACCCUGUCCCAGCUCAGCAUUCAAGAGGACAUAAAAGUCUGAGCGAAGUCAGGAGAGCACUGAGAAAGAGCACUGAGCAAGGACCCGGCUCCAGACUAUAGGACAGUGAGAGGAAGCGUCCGGGCCCUUCUACAAAGAACGCACAAAGUAAGAAAUUAUGACGGAGAGUGGCACUUUGUAAAAUAGUAGUCCAUAGACACUCCUGCCAGUUUUGAAGCCACUUGAUUUCUGACAAACCCUACCUCGCUUACCCAGCCAAACUACCAAGAACACCUUUCCUGUCUUGUCCUCAGCUACUGCUGCCCUACCUGAACCUUUCUGUUCCACUCUACACUCCAUACUAACAAGGAUCCUUGGAUUUCCUGUGUAAUUGUAUGCAAUCAGUUGCAGAAUAUGUAAUUAACCAGUUAACAUUUUAAAACUCAGUUGCUGAUAUUUCAGAGUCUCUUUGACCACUUUUGCUUAAUAGUUAACAGCAUUUGCUCUUAUUGUCUUUGUAACAGGGCAGACUGGGAGGGUCAGGGGUGUUUUUAACUUAUUUUUACUUAUUAUGUUAUUUAAAUGACUAAAUCUAAUAUAUGGGUGUUUUUGUGAGGCUACUGUGUAGGUUUCUCUAUGCCACCCCUUAUUAUAGCACAUGGGCACAUGACAAACAGCUUAGAAAUCCUUCAGAGAGAAGAAUCCAUCUGGUUCUCCUACAGCAGUGUGGUCUAGUUAAACACAGAUUACCAUGUUAACAUGUACAGAGCAGCUGAGACUGUUUGUGUAAGUGCAGCCCUUUGACUUUCAGCGAGGUGUUCUGAGACUUCAAAGUGACUGGAGCAUUGGGGCACCUUUCCAAACAUGAUUUAGGCCACUUUCCUGGAGCUUUUCCCAUAAGCUGUUGUAAACCUCAGGUUUUGUUUUUGCUUACCAAUCAACAAGCUUUUUUUUUUCUCUGUUUAAAACCAGCUUAAGUAAAAUACACACUAAGGAAUUAUUAAUUUAUAAACAUUGAUUUCACUAGGAUAGAGGGUUGGACUUUUUGAUCAAUAGCUGCCAGUGGCUUGAUACUGUAUGCGUCUUGAUUUGAACACUACUAAUGCAAAACACUACAUGCAGCAUGUUGCACAGUGGUACAUGUAGUAUGUUUAUAUAAUAGUGUUCUACUCUGAAUGCAGCUGCGGUCUCUAAUCAGCCCAUAGAGAAUAACCUGCCAUAAGAGUGUACAUUGGCUCCAGUCCCUCAGAUACGCUGGUACACACAAUAUUCAGAUAAACCUGUGCAGCAGCCAGUACUAUUUAGCACGAGGCAUAAAUGUCUUAUUUUUACCUACUUUUAAAUACACUAACCCCAGGAAUCUGAAUAAUAGUUUGUUUUAAUGUUCAUUUUUUUUUUGUCAUGUUGUCAAAGCAGGUCCAGUGUUCUUUUGCCCUCAGGGCUCAUUCACUUGGCCAAGUAGAACUACUGCACAUAAACUAGCUUUUUAAGGUGAUACUUGUACAUAUAUGAGAGUUACAUUUGAAUGAUACUUAGGUCAUGUUUUAGAUGGUUGAAUCUUAUACCAGCUUUUUGGUUGGCGGGAAGAAAAUCAAAGACUUCUGUGUUGUUGUUUGUAAACAGAAUUAUGUACCAGUCUACUAUCUGACCUCUGGAGUAACAUUACUGUAUGCGUCAGACACACUGCUUAUGUUGUUAUGUUUUCUUUUAGCUCUGUAUUGCUGCAGAGCAAUGUUUGAUUUUUAACGUUUCUCCCCUUGCGGCUCCUUCUGCUCACCGUGCAUUACCUCCUCCAUGUGCAAAUUCUGUGUGAUUUGCUUCCUUCAUGCUAACAUUGACUGUCAACGUUUUUUUUGUUUUCAGGAAAUAGGUGCACUUUUUUUUUUUAUUUAGUUGUGUACAAAUUCAGCUGGUACUGUUUGUGUUCAUAGUCUUUCCCAUGUUAUUUAUAUGUGUAGGCUGCGAGUCCCUAUGAAAGCCUGAAAGGCCACAUGUGCACUACUACUGACCUCACAGCAUUAAAACCAAAUUAUUCUCAGAAUCAUCUCUGCUCAUGGCCUCCAGUGUUUAUCUAAGAUCACGCCACUGAAAAUGAGAAUGUUUACACAAACCAUGCCAAUCAGUUGCAGUACACUCCGUCGGACCGGAGAGAAUCUGACUUUUCUUUGGAUCUCUGGGAGAAGAAAUGUUGAAACUAAAUACUACUGAAAUGAAUCAAUGCUGUCUCUCAAAUGUGUUUUUCCAGUACUUUUUAAUUUAGAAUUACUUGCUCACCUGCACUGUGUUGUUUAAGUCUUAUGGGAUAUUUCUAAGAGGAGACAGACUGCACUUGAUAAUGUUGUUUUUGGCUGGAAAGACGCUCUGCUGUUUAAUAGGUGGUUGAAUGUCCUCCAUAUUUAUAGACUAAAGAGGUAUGUUUGUCAAAUUGUAUCUGCCUUACAAUGUUAAAAAAUGCAUAGUGUAUUUAAGGUUUUUAAUGCCUUGCUCCAGUAGUGGGGUGUGAGUCAAAGAAAUGAGGUAUUAUGCUACAGGUUGUGAUAACUCCCAGGUCUCUGUCCACUUAUGGCAGAGACAACUGCAUCCAUGUACAAACCCCUUCAGGACUUCAAUCAUGUAUCUUCUAAUAUAGAGUAAUAAAUACAAUUGUUUUCCUA